AUGCUUCUCCAAGGCCUGGAUGGUUACACAAGCGAUGUUACCAGGUGUCCAUUCCAAGUGAAGGUGUUGCACGUUCUCGGUUAUGGAACAACUGCUAAAGAGUUGGAACAGUUGAAGAGUCUUCUCGGGGGAACAGAAAGCCUCGAAGUAGUGCGAGUGCAGAUUGCGGAAGAUGUUGUGGUGGAUGAUGCCAUGAUAUCGCAAACUUAUAGCGAUCUAAUGACGCUACUUGGAGUUUCAGUAUCAUCCAAGUGCCAGCUCGAAAUCUCAUAUUUCAUCUAA